AGUAAUGUGAAUUAUCAUUUAGGAAAAUGUUGGCAUCUAGUGGCAGCUCAGCCUUCCUACAUUACGGUUUGAUGCUUCUUAAACAUAUUGUGAGAUAUGUUUUGUCACAUACAAUAUAAUGUGGAACAAAUGAUGAAACAUUAUGAAACAAAAAGCUAACAUUAUAAAUGAACACUAAACCCAAUGUUGUGGUUUUAUUCUAAUGUUAAAGUUCAAACCCUUGUUAUGUUAGAUGAAGGGCUGUUGUCUCUUUCAAAGGAAAGUGGAUUUGCUUUGAUGAAUUUUUUUCCAUUUUGGAUUUUAUUUCCAAUGUUACCUGCAUCAAAGAAGAGAGUCUGAUUCUUUGGAGACAAAGACACUGGUCGCUGUCUCAGCACAUCUACCUUUAUGAACACAGUCUUUAGAGAAGCUGGUACGGACAUGCAUGACUACGAUGGAGGAAAAGACCUGUUUUGAUUUGUUGUAAUGUUAGACGUGUACUGUGCUGAUUCCACAAUUAUGAAGGAAUUGGAAUAAAGGGAAUGCAUUAGCACCAAAUAAAUAUCAGCAAAACAAUGAGUUAAGAGUGUCGAUCCUCUGCUUAAUAGUUUCAAAGAUAGAAGUCACUAAUUCCAGUUCUGCUAUGAAUAGUCGUUUUUAUGCAUUGGUCAUUAGCUGUUUCUCCACAAUGGGUCCAUAUGGGCAUCUGCUCUAUGGUCCACUGUCUUGCCUCGCAAAGGAGACUACAAAUGAAUUUACUGUUUAAAACAAAGUAAAUCAUGACAUGCCGUUUUGUAUUACUGAGGAAUGUCCUCACAAAUGUUGGUAUUCAGCAAACCAAAGAGGAAUGUAACAAGUGCCUGUGAAAGAACAGUCUGAGCAAGACAACAGCACAGUUGUUGAGGUUAAACCUAAUGUAAUGUCUAACCCUUUUGGGGGUGGACAAACAGAUGUGCCUCAUCAUUAUAAGAUGUAACCCUGUGUACACUGUUUAACUGGGUCUCUGGAUAACUUAUGUUUACUUAAAGGUUAACUGAUUUAUGUCUGUUUUGAUGAUAGGACGUUUGUCCAUCUUUAUCUACCGACAGCAUUACUGAUCAGUGUGUAAUUCGGCAACACUCUCCUUCGCUUGCCAUUCAUACGAUUCAGUGGAGUUUCUUGAUGCUUUAAGAAGAGGAGGGGCUCUUUCUCUCCAGUCUUGCACUUCGCGCUGUGAGAUAUUCAGCAGCCAGGCUCCCCAUCAGUCUACUAAUUAACAGGCUGUGACAGUGCGUCUGCCAGCGGCCGCCAGAGCAUCAGCCUGACUGUCACACUAUUUGUUUUCAUACUCUACGCUGAGAGAUGAUUAUAUUGUGUUCUGGGUGCUGAAAGCUUCUUUUAACCGGAACGUACACUCCGCAAACCGGUGUGGUUUUAGGUGCACUGGGUGUCAGAGAUUUAGCACCCAACCUCACUGCGCACGGAUUUCACUGACUGAUUUCUGCCAUGCAUCCGCAUUGGAGGAGUAUGGAUCAUACAGCCUAAAGGCUUGUUAUUUCCUUGUGGUUUGAUGUAUGAUCAUUGCACCAUGUUUUUUUCUGAUUCAUCAGACAUAUAAAAGCAUCUUACUCCUGGCAGCUGCACGCAUUAGCUGUGUCCGAUCACAUCUCAACUGACAUCUCUGCAUGCAUGCAAGCUGUGUUUUGCAGAUUUUUCUUCUCUUUUUUUGCAAGGCAUCACCAUGAUCCCAACGGAAAUGCCUCUCCAAUGCUGGCCGCUGACUUCCCGCCAACCGUCUUAAAGCCCGUCUGGAUCGCCGGGUGAACCGACAUGGAUAGUGGGAGCCGGGCUGCGACGGUCGGGGACGGUGCAGCCAAUUUCACAGCAGCCCACCUCUGGCUGGAUCUCCUUAAUGCUUCGAGCACGCCGACGCGGUGGGACAGCAGCCCACCUGCCGAGGGGACCGGGCUGGAUCAGCAGCAGCGCCUCAUCCGAGAGCAAGCCUACCGGGACUUCACCACCACCAUCCAGGUUUUCAUCCUCAUAGGUUCGCUACUCGGAAAUGCCACUGUGCUGUGGUGCACCUGCUGCACAAAUGUCUUUAAGUCUGUGACCAACCGAUUCAUCAAGAACCUGGCGUGCUCGGGUAUCUGCGCCGGUCUAGUGUGCGUUCCCUUCGACAUGGUGCUUGGAGCCAGCCCUCGCUGCUGCUGGUGGCUUCACACUCUGCUGCUCUGCAAGGCCAUCAAGUUCCUCCAUAAGCUGUUCUGCUCGGUCACCGUGCUGAGUUUCAGUGCCAUCGCACUCGACAGAUACUACUCUGUGCUGUACCCGUUAGAGAGGAAGAUCUCAGAUGCAAGAUCCCGAGAUCUGGUCAUCUAUAUCUGGGUCCACGCGACCGUGGUGAGCCUUCCUGUGUUCGCUGUGACCAAUGUGACAGAUGUGUAUGUCACCUCGUCCUGCUCCGAUGACCACGCCCGCUCCCUGGGCCACAUGGUGUACGUGUUGAUCUACAACGUCACCACAGUGAUCCUCCCGCUCGCUCUGGUCUUUCUCUUAAUGCUGCUGAUCCGCAGAGCACUCAGUACCAGCCAGAAGAAGAAGGUGAUAAUCGCAGCGCUGCGGACUCCCCAGAACAGUAUCUCCAUCCCGUAUGUGUCCCAGAGAGAGGCUGAGCUACACGCCACUCUGCUGGCUGUGGUGCUGGCUUUCUCAGCCUGCAGCACCCCUUAUGGGGCCUUGGUAGUGUAUCGCACCGUUUUGGCGGACACUAAAGAGCUACCCAUCUCGCUGUAUCUGAUAGCCCUCUGGCUACCCAAGGUGUCCCUGCUCACCAACCCACUCUUGUUUCUGACUGUUAACCGCUCAGCGCGUCAUAGCUGGCUGGACUUACUGUCCAGGAUUCACAGACGUUACAGCCGCCGUAACAUGGUCAGCACCGGGGGUCUGGCCUCUUUGGGAGGAGAGUGCGUGAUCGGAGAGCCUGUGGGACUGGAGACAGCCGGUCGAUCCGGGAGCCAGCUCCUGGAGAUGUUUAACAUUGGCCAGCAGCAGAUCUUCAGGCCCUCUGAAGAAGAAGGGGAAGAAGAGGUUGCUGAGAAUGCAGAGAAUGAGAUCCCUUCUCAAGGAUCAGGAGGCUGCUCUGGGUCUAAAGAGGACCACAAGGGUGGCUCAAGACUUGGGAGCUUCAGAGGUGAAGUGAUCACCAAAAAAGAACUUCUGCAGGGGACAGGGGGAGGGCUUAUCAUCACCAAGGAUGGCCCUUCUUCAAUCAUAGCACCCCGGGCCUCUCCGGUCCACACAUGUGCUUACGCCUCUUCAUCUCAGGUGGCACCAGCUACACCUAGUGAAGCUGAGGACUCCACACAGUUUGGUUUUGGACCCUUUGAACUGCCACCUCAGUGGUUACCAGAGACCAGGAACAGCAAAAAGAGGCUGCUGCCUCCGCUGGGUAACACACCCGAGGAGCUGAUCCAGACUAAACUGCCCAGGCCGCGGCCUGAACGGAGAAUCAGCAGGAACAACAAGGUCAGCACCAUCCCAACUGUAGACCAGUGAACUUUUCUUGCUGGCCUCUGAUCUGCAACACUGGCCACAACUCACUACUGGGUAGGCCUCUUGGGUCAACCAUGCCUUGGCAAGAUAUUAAUGAGUCAAGCUGCUUGGUGAGAUGCUUGGUUUGGUUCAUUUAAUCCUUUUUUCUUUUCAAAUUUUUUCAUACGCAAUAGUAGGCUAUGUAGAGGUCCAGCUAGAUGCCUGAGACACUGCAGUUUUCUCAUUAUACAAGGCUAAAUUUCACAUAAAAAGAUUUACAAUGCUGUGAGAAAUGUUUCCAACUUUACUUUUUCUUUAUUAGGGCCUACAAUGGCUGCAUGAUAAUUGAGAAGGCAGAUGGCUUUUUGAAUGUCUUUGUUUUGAUCAGAGCUGGCAUCAUUGGUUAAAUGAACACACUGUACAAAUCCAAUUAGCCUGAAAGUUGCACUGAUACUGAAUACUAUAUUUCCAUGGCAACUAAUCAAGCGAGGAUAUUUAACUUCCUAACAAAAGAUUUUGUAAAAUGGUUACUGUGAUUGCACUCUGUUAAUAAACACAUCCCUGUUUCAGUCAUUUGACUUAACCCUUUGUUGGACUGUUUUUUUUGUAGUCAUGUUUUACGUCAAGUUUUGGCAUUAACUCGCUCUUUGCUGGCCUUUUUUUUCUCAAGUCUUAAUUUUUGAAGAUUCCCAUUUUUUCUAAUGUGGUAGAUGUUAUUUGUACGUUUAUGCAAGAGAACUCAUUAUAAAAAUGUGAACAUUUCAGAAUUUAACUGUGUGUUACAACUUGUUUUCUAGAACACAAUGUGCAUCAAAUAGACAAAAAAAUAAUAAGGAGAAUAACCAGUAUGUUUUGAUAAGAAUAAGAAAGAAAGAAAAUCUAGGUCAGGCAUCUUUUAGUCCCCUUCGAUCAAUUUGAUUGAUUUCUCCCAGGUUUCCUGACAAUCAAUUGCUCAAUGAAAUGUAAAAUCAAGCAAAUAACAGCUACAAGUGCAAAUGUUCAUAUCAGAAGCUCUGUAAAAUGGUUUUCAACUUUCAAUUUCUCUGACUCUGAUACUGUCGGCUCCGUCUCCUUUGUGAUGCAUAAUUCAAUAGUAGCAGCUUCAACCUAACGCUUUGGGAACUGAGGUUUGGUAGCUGAGGUAAACAGAAUCGGGCUGCACUUCAAAUAUUUGUCAAGCCGUAACUUCCUUCAGGGGCUACCUCCAUCCCCUGCUAUGUCCACAAAGAACCUGAAUCUAUGUUGCAUCCUACCCAUGCUGUUAUCAGGCCAAAUUGUGCAGUCACGCCUGAUUAGAGACCGUAUCCACUGCUACUACUAACAAGCGAGAAAGAUAUGAAUAAUAUAUUUCAUAUUAUAAGUCUGCUUUGAUAAUGACUGCAUUAAGACUCUUAUUGCAGAAUACAGUAGCUGCUGCUAGAUAUUUAAGGAAUCAAUUCAAAGAAUUCAAAGAAGAUCAUUGAUUUGAUUUAUUUGGUGUGAGUUUUUAAGAAUACUCUGGCCUCAGCUCAAAUGUUCUACCUGAUUUGAAUCAAGUCUUAUUCAGACAUUUUACUCCUGAAACCAUUAAGACCUUGACAAUAGAGAUACAGCACAGUCAUAUACUAAAGAUUAGAUUCACAUAAACUAAAUGAGUUUAAAACUCAUUGGGCAUUGAUUGGCACAUGAGACUUUUGUAACAUUUCUAGUGUUAAAAGGCCUUAAACUCAGCUUUAAACUAUGACCAAUGGUAGCCCACAGGGACACAAAAUCCAGUUUUGGUUAUUACACAUUCCAAUUCACGUUUUUAUCAAUUUUCCUACUGGUUUUUAGUGGGUGGGUCUAAUUGGGUAUGAGAUGAUGUUGUGUCUUUCUGUGCACCAAUCUGAAUUUUUGUAACAUUUGAAUUGAUGGUUGUUGUCGUU